GGGUGCAGGCGCAUGAAGGAGAGAGACUCUAGUAGGCCACUUUCUGCACCCCAGCUAAGGCAGCUUGUAGGUACAAGUACUGUACUCCCUAAUCUAGUGCUCAGAGAGGGAAGCUGCAAUGGAGGGUUUUCUUGCUCGCAUGCUUCCACAUUCCCCACCUCAGCAGUCAUAAAGCCAGAUAACUUGCAGGGGGAAGGGGGCGGGAGAAGAGUUCCUCCCCUCUUGCUCCUUUCGAGCCUCUCCGGCAGGGCUAGGCUUAAGCGAAGAGACAGCCAUUUAGGGAUCCAUCACCCCCUCUCCUCAGAGGUGCUUAUCCUUCCAAACAGAAGCGCCGGCGUCGAAUGGUUGUCGUGUGAGCCCGGGUAGGGCUUGGUCUAACACUUCCCCAACAUGUCGAAACUGGUUUCCACGCCCGUCCCUGCCCACAACGCUCCUGAGAGAGCGAAAGAGAGGAGGAGGAGGAGGACGGGAAAUACCUGUGAGGAGAGGGAACUGUGUCUCGACUUGAAGCUCGUCACUUUCGUCGUGUUUUCCCCUCCUCAGACCUCCACCGGCCUCCGCGUUUUCAUGCACACCAAAGCUUCUGUGAGGGGAUUUCUAGGCGCUAGGACGCGGCCAAGUAUAUUCUGUAUUGCAUGAAUGGAAGUUUAAGAAGUCUUGCCACUAAAUAACUGUGAAAAUGGAAACCUCAUCUCUGCUUUCAUCCUUGCACGAUGAAUGCAGAUCAGACAACUACCUUGAACCACACUACAAGGAAUGUUACAGACUUGCCAUUGAUGUACUAAUUGAACAUGGUUCAGAGGCUUAUCAAGAGUUUCUAGCCAAGGAAAGGUGCUCAGAGUUUCUAGCAGAUGAUGAGAUUAAUUAUAUAUUGAACACUGUUCAGAAGAUCCCCCAAAAUACAGUUUAUGCUUCUGACAACACUGUUGAUGAUACCUCUUCCUCGGGAACGUAUUGGCCUAUGGAAUCAGAUGUGGAAGCUCCUAAUCUUGAUUUGGGUUGGCCUUAUAUAAUGCCUGGGAUUUCUGGAGGUACAAACAUUGAGCUGCUCUUCCAUCCUCCACGAAUACAACCUUUUACGAUAAAGGAAACUAUCCGGAAGAUGAUAAAAGAAGCAAGAAAGGUUGUUGCCAUAGUUAUGGAUAUGUUUACAGAUGUGGAUAUUUUCAAAGAAGUUGUAGAAGCAUCUAAAAGAGGAAUUUCAGUGUAUCUUCUGCUAGACGAAUCUAACUUCAAUCACUUUUUUAAGAUGACAGAAAAACAGGGCUGUCAGGUCCAAAGGCUCAGAAACAUGAGAGUGCGCACAGUAAAAGGACAAGAUUACUUCUCAAAGUCAGGGGCAAAAUUCCAUGGCAAAAUGGAACAAAAGUUUCUUCUCAUUGACUCUAAGAAAGUCAUGUAUGGUACCUAUAGCUUUAUGUGGUCAUUUGAGAAGGCCAACCUCAGCAUGGUUCAGAUUAUCACAGGACAACUUGUUGAAUCUUUUGAUGAAGAGUUUAGGACAUUGUAUGCUCGUUCUUCUGUUCCCAGUUCAUUUGCUCCAGAACUGGUUAGAAUUAACAGCCGUAGAAUGCUCUGGGAUAAUGAUGCAUACCAGCAUUCACACUCUUCUUUAGCGUCACUUUCUAGCCAGCGUAACCUUUUGGGGAGGCAAGACAAGUUUCAAAACUUAGAUCCUAUGAUUUUGAAAACUCCAGGCACUGGCAGAUAUGGAAUAAAUGAUGGCGAUAUGCUGGGUACCAGAAAUCCACUGUUUCAAAAAAAACCAUUUGCUCCAGGUUUUCAUAUGCAGAAUAGAAUCCAGCAGUACCAGGCCAAUGAAAUAAAUGAGCAUUGGAAAAGGCACAGUUAUGCAGGUGAGAAACCCGAGAGGACUCCAUAUUUGUUGCUCAAUAGAACAAUUAAUCAGCCAAAUAAACCACCAAACACUUGGAAAGUGCCAUCUGAUAGCCACAGCAUUGUUUCUUCAUUGCAUGGAAGCUAUACAAAUCUUAACACACCUCAGCAGAGUUUGGCUGAUCGCCUUCCACACCCAAAACUCAAUUUUGCAGAUAGGAACUCAAUUGUACGGAGAUCUUUCAAUGGAACAGAUAGCCAUAUCCGCUUUUUACAGCAGAGGAUGCCGACCCUUGAGCGCACUACAAAAUCUUUUCUACGUAACUGGCGCAUUGAAUCAUAUUUAAAUGAUCAAUCAGAUUUUCCAGAAGAUUCAAAUGGUUCAGGGAUAGGAGACAAGUGUGAGAACUAUGAUGCGACAGAAAAUAUCAAAGCCCAUGCUCUUUAUUCCCAUUCUCGACUACGCUCCUCGUUUGUUUUUAAGCCAACUCUACCCGAGCAAAAAGAAGUAAACAGCUGUGCAAGUUCUUCAAACUCAACUAUUAUUGGUUCAGAAGGCAGUGUGACACCUCAAGCAACACCCAAUCAUAUUACCAAACUAGAAGAUGAAGCUGAGGAUACAGAACCAAGCGCUAAUGUCCCACUGGAACCUGAAGUGAUAAAAAGCCAAAAUGCCCACCACUCAGAAGAUACAAAUCCUAGCGUAACUCUGGCUGUUCCUAAGGAGAAGCCUAGUGUAACUCUGGCUGUUCCUAAGGAGAAGCCUGCCUACCCCUGUUCAACUCUGAGGACAAACAGACCCAUAGACUAUCUAAAGAAUCAAAAAAAUGAAAAUAUGUUGAAAAGAAGGAGUUUUCCAAUGUUUGAAAAUUCAAAAUCUGCUUUAAAUCAUGAGAACAAUGAAGAGGCAUCCAGCUAUGUUUAUAGCACACUGAAUAGGAACAGGUUAAGGCAACCAACAGUUCUCAAGCAGCUUCCAGAGGACAAUUUUAAAAAUGCUAAAAGCUUCCACAGUAUAGGCAGUCAUGUAGCACAUGAGGGUCAAAAUCUGAAAGCUGAGCCAAAAAGCCCCACUUCCACAAAGUCCAUCUCUGUGACAGCAUUAGAAUCUACCAAAGAGGAACCUGGCAAAGAUGCCUCACCCAAAAAGGAGAACAAAAAUUCCCCAAAUUUCCUGAAAAAGGGAUCACAGAAACUAAGGUCGCUGCUGAAUCUCGCACCAGACAAGAAAGAUAGUUUGUCGAAAAACAAAGCUCCAGCUUUCUAUAGGAUGUGUAGCAGUUCCGACACUCUGGUAUCCGAAGGAGAAGAAAAUCAAAAGCCCAAAAUGUCUGAAAUGAAGAUUGAUUGUUCCCCGAGAAGAAAAAGAACAUCUUCCUCCACUUCACAGGGAAGCCUGCAUAAAAGUAAAGAGGAUGUUACUGUGACCCCCAAGUCACCUAAACCCCCCAAAUCUCCUAAAUCCCCCAAGUCUCCCAAGCCUCCCAAGUCUCCGAAGUCUCCUAAAUUUCUAAAGCCUCCAUCAGAUGAAAACAUUAAAAGGAGUCCUAAUGUGAAACCCUUGGAGAGCAUGUUGCUAGAGGUGCCACCAGGUGAUCCAUCUGCUCCCCGAUUUAACACAGAACAAAUUCAGUACCAGGAUGUCAAGGAACCACGUGCCAGUGCAUGCCAUGAACGGGUACCACCACCGGUUCCUGCUGCAAUUUCUCCCCAGAGAGUCAAUGCAGCCUUGCAUCGCCCUUCCAGCACAAAGCCGAACGAUGAGCUAAUAAGGGCUCGCCUGACUGACCGAAGAGUUUACAGCCGUUUUGAGCAGUUCUGCAACAUGGAAAGCUCUGGUCAGCCUAUAGGAACUCAGCCAGUAACAAAUGCACCAAAAACCAGUGCUCAGUUUCCAGAAACAAAUAGUAAAACCUCUAGAAAUAAUUAUACAAGGAGCAAUCAAGUGGCUAAUUACAACCCAGGUACAUACCAUCCCUUUCUUCCAAAUGAAAAUAAGUUUCGAGGAAUUAUGCAGAAAUUUGGGAAUUUUAUAUACAAAAACAAAUGAAAUGCACUUACGGAUUUUACCUGUAAAAGGAGUAAGCUGGUAUGGACCGAUGGGCAGCUUUUGUAAAGCUUAACUAAAGUUACUGCUGGGCUUAGAAUAUUGCUGUACAUAUAAUUCUGCUCAGUCCAAAACUUUGGUUCAGCAUAAAUUUUAGAAAUAGUGUUUGUACUUUUACAGAAUUUGCAGUGUGCUCAAUGUCACCUCAGUGCUGCACAUUUUAUGAGAUUGCUACAUGUAGAAAAAGUCAAUGGAAAUGUUUAAAAUUCAAACCACCUGCAAUAUUUCAGGGUCAUUACCUAUUAUUACUUUCAUUAACAAUAAAUAUGUUUGUUACUUCUUUUUUUUUUUUACUUAUAGUCUACAAGUGUCCACUUCAGGUUUUGCUUCUAUUGAAGGGAUAUCACACUUCUUUAGUAUUGGACCUGCUGUAUUUUUGUACUGGAAACAAGAAAUACUCUUCCCUAACUCCUAAUAUUAUGUUAGUUGGGCUGCCAUUUUCAGCAGCAACCACUUGCAUAUUGUAACAGUGUUAUUAGUGUGCAUAUUUACUAAAGUAAUGCGAUAGUACAGAGAAUAAUUGCAACUGCCUUUCCUGCUAGUGUUUAAAUAAGCCCUAAAAUUUAUCUUUUAAAAAUUGCAAAAUACUUAGAUAAUGAAUUUGAUCCUUUCUUACCACUACUUAGAUCAUGCUGAUUGAACUCAGUGAAGCAUAAGUUACUCAUGAUAGACUUAAGUCCCAUUAAUUUGAAUUGUUUGAUUCUUAGUGUGAUUAAAUCCAAAUGUAACAUGAUAUACUUAGGUGGAAUCUAUUAAAUCAACAGGAUAAAAGUGACCAUAAUCCAGUUGGGAAUUAACACAUUUGUAGGUAAAGUUGCAUAACUGACUGCAGUGAAUUGUCAGUAGCUAACCAGGCUUUGGGUCAGGUUAGGAAGUGCACAUCCAAUAGCACAAGAGAUUAAUUCCCAUUUUUACAUCACUGUGCCUUAAAAGUACUGAUGUGCAGAUGCACAACAUUCUGAGCCUUAGUGGGCUUUAAAGAUACUUAACUCCAGCUGAUUCGUACGCUAAGCUAUUAAACUAAUGCUUGGCUUAACUUAGUUUAAUACUCAUGAUCUUGAAAGGAUCCACUGAACUUUUAAGUCAAGGUAAUAAUUUUUUAAUACUAUUUUUAUUUGCACUUUUCAGAGUUCAUGUUUGAUACAUUAGUGAUAUAUUUAUGGUUUUCCUUUUUUAAAAAAAGUGUCCAUCUUGCCCUGCACUGUGUGUGCCGUAACAACCAAUUAGAUGGUCCUGGAAAGCUCAUGAGUAGAGCAAGGGAAAGAUGUAUAUCACUCAGUCUACUGUUUUAUCAGUUCAGGCUCAGGGAAAACAUACCCAUUUAUCUUUCCUAUAGGAAAUUUUUCAAAGAUCAUACAAGGAUCCCCUAUGCAGCUGUUCUAUUCCCAGCUCGCACCAACCCUUUAAAAUAAGGGAACCCCACAGAAUUUGAAGCCUUAAGCAAUUUAUUUAGAUAUAUGCUAUCUGAAUAGCAGCCCUCCAAAGACUAAUUUAGUCUGGUAUUUGACAACCAUGUGAUGUGCAAUUUGUAGAUUGAGAUGAUACAGAUUUCUUCAGGUUAAGGCAAUGCAGACCAGAUGGGAUCACUCAGCUGUGCCCUAUUCCCUUGCUAAAACUGUCUGCCAUGCUGCUAGGGCUUUGCUGUUCGAUGUACAAGUGUUCCUGGCCGGAACUGUCUCUGGUUCCAACCUAAGGAAGAAUUAUCAAAAUCCCACAUAUCAGAACCCCCUUAGCAUUUACAAAUUGCCCAGGUUAUACUUUCCUAAAUGCAUAGGUCAGAAGUAGGCAGCAUGCAGGUGCCAGGGGCCCAGAUAAUUUUUGAGCUCCUCUGAUUUUCUACACAUACCCUAAAAUAUUUUGGGGAAAAAUAACUAAAAAUUUCCCUGGUGCACAACAGAGAUAUGGGAGGGGGACUUGCCAUGGUUUGAGGGCUCCCCAAAACCCUUACCCCCCACACACACACCACCAGUGUUUUUAAUUACCACAAAAGGAUGCAAGUUUUCAGUUUUUUAAUUUUUUUUUUAAAUGGAGGAUUUAGGAAAGCAAGACUUUUUGGAUUUCCAAGGGAACAAGUCAGUUGGAGAAGCAAGGGUCAGUUUAUUUUUUUUUCCCCAGGGUCCAUCCCAUUUCCUAUCUAGACUUUAAACUGGGAUGAGGUUUUCCCACCAUUCCAGCACAUUUUCCAGUCUCAGUAUCCCUCCCUCCCUCUCUCUCCCUCCCUCCCUCUCUCUUUCUCUCUCUCUCUCUAUGAAAGAAACUCUGUGAUACAAGAAAUCUACAUUUGAAUUUCCUAAUGUGGAGAAAAGGCAUUUUCACUUGUGGUGCCCUUCACAAGAAUGUUCACUUUGUGCCUUUUGGCACUGGUGAAGGUGCUGUUUUCUCACAAUUCAGUUUAAUGUAUGUCUACACAAAAGUAAGCUUCAUUGGGACUUCUGGGCAAAUGCAUGUAAGAUGACAGCACUAUUUAGAGUUCUAAUGAAAUAGUAAUUCCCUGCACUCUUCAAUGCAUGUGUGCUUGCUAUUUUUUUUUGAAAUGCUGAAAAAGUCUGGAAAUAUAGUUCAAACCAAGGAGUAAAACUAAGAAGAAUUUUCCUACUUUAAGAUAACAUGGUAAUAGAGGUGGGCAUGGGAGGAUUAGAAAAAAAUAAUGCAAUAAACUGUUAAUGGAUUAAAAACAGCCCACGGACUUCAAAAAGAUUUGAAAUAGAGGAGGACACAAAAUAUGGGAAAUGCAGGGGAAACAUGCCAUGGUUUGUGCUUGAACAGUGUUGGGGUUUCUUGGGUUAUUUAAGACCAAGGAAGAUAAAACACUCACAAAGGAAAAAAUAUAUGUCUCAUGUUUUAAUGUGCUCAGAUGCUUAAUAGUUUUGUCUGAAUAAAUUAUAUUUAGAAUAAAUUUUGCAAAAUAAGACACGUGUUUCUAAAAUGUUAUCCAUUUUUCAGAAGUAUCUUGCUGAGUGAAAUGUGGGGAAUGGUGACCCAUGUAGAAAUCUGUACUGAUUUGUCAUGCUUUGGAAGAAGUUUAUAUUU